AAGACAACACAGAUCAACAAGAGCGUUCAUCAGCUAUGGAGAUUGUGGACACCAGAAAACUACAGCUACAACCACAACAACAAAAACUGCUGCAACAGCCGCAGCAACAUUUUCAUGUGUUGGCAGUGGACGACAGUGUCAUAGAUAUGAAGCUUUUGGAGAGGCUCCUCAGAGGUUCCUCAUGCAAAGUUACUUGUGUUGACUCUGGAGAUAAGGCUUUGAAAUAUCUUGGUCUAAUUGAUGGCCUCGAUGAUACUUCCUCAACAUCUUUAGAAUCAUUACCAGCCUCUCCUCCAGCUCAACCAUUACAGCAAGAGGGAAUCAAAGUGAAUUUGAUCAUGACAGACUAUUGCAUGCCAGGGAUGAGUGGCUAUGAUUUACUUAAACGAGUCAAGCUGCAGGGAUCUUCUUGGAAAGAUGUUCCAGUCGUGAUUAUGUCAUCAGAAAAUGAACCUUCCAGAAUCAGCAUGUGCUUGGAAGGAGGGGCUGAGGAGUUUCUGUUGAAGCCUCUUCAGUUAUCGGAUUUGGACAAGCUUCAGCCGUAUUUUCUGAAAUCACUUGAUGAUUCUUGUCAACAAGAAUCUGCGAACAGUUCCAUAGAUUCGAACAAUGACAAUCUCAUCCACACCAACAAUAACAGUAAUAAUAACAAUAACAGUAUUAGCAAAAGAAAGGCCAUGUCUCCUGAGCCUCAAGAAAGAUCAAGACCCAAAAUCAAAGGGUUGGCGGUGGUGUAAAAAAAAAUGACACUAUAGAGUGCUUGAUGCAUAUUAUAUAGUUUAUUAUUAUGAUCUUAAUUAUGGGUAUCUCCGAUCAACUUUUGGAGCUUAAUGAAAUUAUCUCAGUGCGUACUAAUGUUCUUCACAAUUACUACCACUCAAAUUAAUCCAU